AAAUUUGACUGGUGAGUGAGUGACUCAAGUAGACGAUCUUCACACGGAUUCAACUAACAAGACCUUCUUCAAUGACAUCCUCAUCGUUGGAACAUGGCGCCACGUGUGAAAAUACAACAUGAAGAACGAGGCAGAAAGAGCUAUUCCUAUUCCCAUCGUUCAUCUUUUGUGCGACUUGGCAACUGUUUCAUCACGUGUGCUGUUGUCUGUGCAGCGACUGCGACAGCGACUCAGCAGCCCACAGACCUCCAUGCGGAGGAGUUGGUGAAGAGUUAUCAGAGACGUGUGACAAAGAGUGCUGGCAAUCGUGGAUCGAUACGCUUAGGAACCACAUCCUCAUCCUCGAGGACGAAUGUUAUGAAUGAAAUGCUGCCUGAAAGGGCGAAAAUGACAUACUUAAGCAUUUUCGCAUGAAAAAAACACUAGUACUUUAAAAUCCUAACAAGGCUCGUCAAAGGGAAAGACAAAAGAUAAAAACUUUGUAUAAGAAGAAGACAAGAAAACAGAAUAUUCACCAAAUUCUUUCUAUCUUCAUAAUCAAGACCGAGGAACUAGAUGCAGAAGCUAUAGUAGACGAGGCAUUGCACACGCCGCAUCAAUAUUGGACACAGCGUGGACUCGCGAACUCCAUCACGCAUUUUUAUGGUUGGCAUACUCAUUAGCCCUUGUAGAAACACCAAUAACGAGUGCUCUUGCUCGGAGCUUGAUGUCUUUGUCACCUUCUUUCUAUGUAUAGUAGCAAUUAAUUUUACUGUAACAGUAACCUCCUCCAGUAUGUUGUAACCACGGAUAUUCAAGCUUUCUCUCUAAUAUUCGAUCAAGACGAUAACUGUGCGGAAGGCUCUUUCGUGUGAUGCGUCGGUCUCCUGGGCAAACGCGUUUCAAGGCGAAUAUAGAGCCUGUAAAUUGCCGAAAAGGGAAACUCAUGUUAAGAUCCUUCUGAACUGAUCUACUAUUCUUGUGGAUUCUUGUUAAAUGUUGUUAUUUUCGUAGGUAUUUGUUACCUACUCUCAGUCUCACAAAUCUGAGAAAGACAAUGAACUACCGUAAAGUCCACCCAACAUUACAUUCAUUAUACCUAACAGUUGUCCCAAACUAGCAACAAGGUCUAAUAGUCCUGAAAAGAGGAAGGAAACCACCCUCCGAACGAGUUCCAGUGGUAGCAUAGGUGGUGGUCUCCAUACUGGCUCUAGUAGUAGCACAAGUGGUGGUCCGCGACGCCUGGAGUAUUCUGUGAGUAUCGCGGACUUAGGCGGCGGCUGUGGGCACUACAACUACCACAUUCGCAGAGAGGAUACGUUUCGGCAAGGUGCUUUCUAUGUGACAAAAAGCAGAUUCGUUAGAGGAAGCAAUUAUCCAAAAAACGACGUAGGAGGACAACAUGACACCACAAAGAACGCAGCAGAUGCAGCUGUAAGAACAAAAAGAGAGGAAGAACGAGAAGAAGGAGACGGCUUUGAGGAGUUACACGUGUGGAACAAUAAUACGUUCUUUGCGGACUGUUGGAAUUGUACUGUCUUCCGCCAUCAUAGGUGGCCAAGACACCAACUUCUUCGAUUAUGGGCCAUGACAUAAUUACACCCUUUUCUAACAUUCUUGGCCUUGUUUUUGAUCGUGACUAUACUUAGUUAGAAAAAACAAAAAGGCCAAGAAAGGAUGUUCCAAGAAUGUACUGAGUUCUGAAGGAUGUUCUGAAGUGUAGUGCACAGGCUUUAAUGCGAAGAGGUGACGCAGCAACCCGACUACCGCCACCGCAAGAUGCUAAAUCCUAUGGAAUUCACGGAAGUGAAAGACACGACAAGUUCAUUAAGGCUUAGCUUUCUGUAGUCACAAUCUUACUCUAUAAAGAAAUGUUGGCUUUGAGUUCGGCUCGGUAGAAUUCAUUCUGUGAUAGUUCUGAUACUGAUGAAUGUAUUCGCGUUCAUCUCGUUCGACGAGAUAGAGAAAAGAAGCAAUAUUCAAUGGGGAAAGGAGAUUCAUUUACAUUUUUGGCGAUAACCGAAUAGUCAAAUACAACUCUUACAUUGUUCUGUUUCUACUAGCGAAUAUCUUCCAUUGAUAUUUUCUUUGAUGGUUGGUAGGUGCUAUUUGCUGUUUUGACAUUUCUAAUGACAGCAGACUGCAUGACGAACGCGCGAAAGGCGCAUCCUCUAGCACCGCUGAGAAGAAAGUGCACGAGUUAUGGUCGGCUUGUUUUGUCCAUCUUUCUCACCUUCUCGGUGAUCUUUUCCAAUGAAAUAGGAGGAAAGUAAGGCUGCAUCGAGAUGAACAAGUGGCACGUGAUCUUUUCCCAUGAAAUAGACGAAAAGUAAGGCUGCAUUUAUGAAGAGGAACAAGUGGCUGCACAGAUGUACUCUAGAAAGUAUACACUGACUCUAACACGACCUUUGAUGAAUAGUAAUCCCAUCGACGACGACUUAGUGGUGCGUGUACGGUUGAAGCCGGUGGUUACUUUGGAAGGACAGAUUUUUGGAAGCGAGCUUGUAGGCGUUAAUGAGCUGAAUCGAGACAAGGGGAUCUGCGGACCGGAGAUGUUCAAACUCGUUCAUUUUAUGGCACAUGAAAGCCCGCAGUUCGACGAAGACCUUAGUUUGUGUUACACCACGCAUCUCUGACUUUGUCUGUUUGUGAAAGGGAAACUGCAAGUGGCGAACAUGAGUGUUGAUGACAUGAUCAAGAGAAAAACAUCUCUAGGUGGUCGAUUUCCAAAGAGGGAGAAGAACUACUCGACAACUACGUACGAGAAGAGGUGUUCAAGAGAAAAACAUCUCGAUCUCUAGUCGAAAAUGCGUUGCAAGUUGAUAGGUUUUUUUCGGUACAAUUACUUGCCCUCCUAUCUUUAGAUGCCAAAGUAGUCGAUAUCUUCUUUGUAUAACCUCAGGGUGGUCUUCCAAUUAUUUCCUGAAUCUGGCAGAACAUUUCGACAACCACGAGAAACAACAAGCAGACUACGACAAAGGGCUGGCUUUGCGGAGGCUCCUCCAUGAGCGGUUAGUGACAGGCCGCAGCGGCGACAAGGAGAACAGCCUUGACCCUGGUCACAUGGUCGAAGGCGGAAGGCAGCAGGAGCAGAAAGUGAUAGAACCUGUUAAGGCCACUGUAACUGUAAACUAAUAAUUCAUCUUUUGGACCGAGCACGACGAGCCGUUUGGCUAGCUUUUUCUAGAGAAUUAUGGCUAAUCGUUUGGCGCAUGAACCUUUUGCGUAUCUUUUUGUAGAGAGAGUCAACAUUGCUGAAAGAUGUUGAAGUUCCAAGACACAGUAGUUUCUUCGUACCUCUAAGGGUGAAUCCGGCGGACCAUAUUUUAUUGCAGCAAUGAAAGGGAAUGGUGGCGUCGACGACAUAAAGGCAUCUUCAGCAUCCAUGCCGACUACUUUCGACUGGGUUGUUUCGUUGGAGGUGGGUGAGCACAUUCCCAAGGGUGCUCCAAGUGAAGCAUAUUUAAGGCUGCUCGAAGUGAUACUCCGGUUUACUCAUAUUAGUCCAUCCUAGCAACAGUUUUCUUCGAAUCAGCAGCCGAUGAUUUUUAGAAGCCUCUGGUUUAUAUGACUACAGAUUAUGAAAUUAUCUACUUAAGAAGUUAUAGCUUUGGUUUCCAGAUAGAACUGCAAUUAUCACAAACACGCAGAUUGGAUGAAGAUUCUCUCCAAGAAGCAAGUAGAGUUCCAGUGGGUAGACUGAAAAAGGACUACAUUACAUCCUGUAGCUACACGAGUGUCAAAAGACUGAAACUAGACACCUUGAUGUUGAUGUAAAGACUGAAACUAGCCAUCUGGGUGCAUACACUGAAGCUAGGCCCCUUUCUGGGUGUAUACACUGAAGCCAUCUGGGUGCAUACACUGAAGCUAGAUAUCUUUCUACCACCACCACCGUCUACAAUGUGGCGCCACUAGAUUCCUUGCAGUGAGUCGCGGGGAUCUGCUCCUACAGUUUUUCGCGAUAUAUACUGAGUACACCUGGCACUACUGGACAUGAUCAUAGCAUCCACUUACGUCCACAGCAACUUCUAACUUCCUUUUCGAAUCUCGUACGGCUUGCUCGCGUUGGGAUCAUCCUAUCUUGGGGCAUACCUGGACAAGAAGGUUGGGGUCAUGUCAAUCUACAGUCGAAUACGUGGGUGCAAGCGGAGAUGUUGAAGAGGGGGUUUGCUUACGAGGAAAGCAUUUCGGAGGCAUUUCGGCAGAGAGCGAUUACCCUGUUCUGGUUUCGAGAGUCCCUCAUGGUGUUUAGAAAAAUGUGAACAUCACUUCUGGAUUCUCACGAUUAUUUGACUCGCCUACCAGAAGAGCGAGCCCCCAGUACUUUCCCAAUUUUUUAUAAUAUACUUAUCCGCUGUGUCCCCCAUGCUCUAGUAGACGAGUUUCUUCUUCACAUUCUUAACGCGAGAUGCGCUGUAGCCGAAUUCAGUCAUUCACUGAUUCACUGCAUGCUGAUGUUUUUUUUUCUGUGGAUCGAUAUGAUUAUUUAGUGUGAAAUGGAUUCAUAUUGUUCAUGGAUCGUCUAAAGAAACAUGACUUCACUUCUUCUAUAUGUCAUUGUAACCCUCAUGUUCUUUCAUAGUAUGGACUCUUCGUACUCCCAGGUUUCUGAUUGUACUUACGCCCCUGUAUAAUUGUUAACGCAUGACCGUAUUUCGACUGAUACUUCCCGUGUAGGUGACAGCUUUUCGCAGCGACACACGCACACCUCUUUUCUGUCAGACUCCCUUUUUAGAAAUAUCACUUGCGUUUAUUCGCACUUCUGCUGUUCACACAUGAUGAUAGAUUUUCUUGGAGAGCAGGCGGCAUGAAACACCGACCUUGUGACGCUCUGUGACACAGAAAUGGACGAAAGCGUGAUAAACAUUCGUGUUAGUGCGACUGCCCCUUCAU